AUGUCAAAACCCGCUUGCGGCCCUGAGAGAGAGCGCCUGCCCCUCCCUCCUAGCUGCUGGACUGAGAGCAAAGGUUCCUCCUCCCCACAGGGGCCGCGCCGCCGCUGUCCCUGGCGGGGGCAGCAGCAGCGGCCGAGGAGCUGCCCGAGGGCUGCGCCCCCGCCGCGGCUCCGCAGGCUCCGCAGGCCCCGCGCCCACAGCGCCCACAAACGGCCGCAACGGCCGCCCCGCGCGCCAGCCUCGCGCACCGCCCCCGCCGGCGCGGGGCGGGCCCGGGGCGGGGCGGGCCCGAGUGGUACCGGGCGCUGCCUGGCGCGGGCCGGCAGUGCGGGGGCUGCGGCGGCUGCGGGAGCGAUGGCAGCUGGCGGCAGCGGCGGGGUGGGGGAGCCCGAGCGGCCCUACGAGCUGGUGGUGUUUGGGGCCUCGGGCUUCACCGGCCAGUUCGUGGUGGAGGAGGUGGCGCGGGCGGCAGCCAGCGGGGCCCUGCGCGGCCCCCUGCGCUGGGCCGUGGCCGGACGGAGCCGGGAGAAGCUGCAGGCGGUGCUGGAGCGGGCGGCCGACAGGCUGGGGAAGGCGGCGCUCGGGGCGGAGGUCGGCGUGCUGCUCUGCGAUGUGGGCGACGCGGCCUCGCUGGCCGCCAUGGCGAGGCAGACCCGGCUGGUGCUCAGCUGCGUGGGCCCGUAUAGGUUCUUUGGAGAGCCUGUGGUAGAAGCUUGUGUUGAAAAUGGUGCAAGCUACAUUGACAUCAGUGGAGAGCCUCAGUUUCUGGAAGAAAUGUACCUGAAAUACAAUGCCAAAGCUGCGGAAAAAGGAGCAUAUGUCGUUGGAAGCUGUGGCUUUGACUCUAUACCAGCUGAUAUGGGAGUACUGUACACCAGAGACAAGCUGAAAGGUACCUUAACUGCCGUUGAAAGUUUCCUGACUGUGAAGUCUGGACCUGAGGGUUCUUCUGUACACGAUGGGACCUGGAAGUCAGCUGUUUAUGGCCUCGCAGAUCAAGACAACCUGAGGAAGCUUCGGAAAAAGAUUGGAUAUGCCCCUGUUCCAGUAAUCGGUGCAAAACUUAAGAAAAGAGGACUUGUGUUUUACAAUCGGGAAUUCAAAAAGUACUCCAUUCCAUUCAUAGGAUCUGAUGUUUCUGUUGUAAAACGGUCUCAGCGUUAUCUGCACACAGAGUUGAAGGAAACACCUGUGCAGUAUGGUGCUUAUGUGAACGUAGGUGGUCUUGGCUCUGUUAUCAAGUUGAUGUUUGCUGGCAUUUUAUUUCUUCUCCUUGCGAAGUUUAGCUUUGGAAGAAAACUUCUGACAAAAUACCCAGAAUUUUUCUCUGCUGGAUACUUCACAAAGAAAGGACCAACCGAGAAACAGAUGGAUGGAACUUCUUUUACAAUGACUUUUUUUGGUGAGGGUUACAGUGAGGGGCAAGAUCCCCAGAAUGGCAAACCAAAUGUAAAGAUCUGCACAGAAGUCAAGGGACCAGAGCCUGGCUAUGUUGCUACGCCAAUUGCAAUGGUUCAAGCAGCUGUAUCUCUUCUGGAAGAUGCAGCUUGUCUGCCUAAACAGGGUGGUGUAUAUUCUCCAGCAGCUGUCUUCUGCAAAACAAAACUGAUUGAUCGCCUCAACAAACGUGGUAUUGAGUUCUCUGUUAUUAGCAAGCCUGAAGUCUGAAGUCAAAACAUAACUUCAUGCACUAACACCUUUCCUGGUUCCAACUCCAGUCAAAAUGAUGUGGCUGUAAAAGCCUAAUUGUAAAAUAGCUUCACUGUGCUAUUGUUUGCAGCAGAAACAGAAGAGAACCUGAAUUAAAAAUGACAAUACUAUUUGUGACAGUGAGCGAGUCCAUGAGGGGUAAUUGAGUUUUAAUUCACAAGCGUGUUAAUUUAGUGACUUAUCAGGUACUAUUUCUAGAGUUCUGCUGAAUCUCUUUCAUCUACAUUUGAAGGUACUACUUAAUGAAUCCACUGUAGUAUCCACAAUUAACUGCAGCCUUCUCCCUUUUUCCUGUUCCCCAACUGUUGGAAGCAGGCAGGCCCUGGGUAGCAAGUGCCUUAGCAGAUGAAACCCACCGGUUCUUCCUCCUGCCUGUUUGGAUAGUUGUGGUUGCUUUGUGGUGUUCUUCCUUUCAAAGCCUUAGUGGCCAUAGUGAAAUAAAAACUUGUUGUUGUUUCUUGGA